UAUGUCUACUUGAAGCAGCUUGUUUGACAAUUCUCUCUUAAUCUAAGCCUCGUCCGUACUACUACUAAUCUCUGACAAACUGCUCUAACAUGGCUGAAUGUGGAAUCUGCUUGGAGGAUAUCAAGAAGCCUGUCUGCAUUCCAUGUGGACACGUUCACUGUGAAAAGUGCCUACGCGCCCAUAUAAAUUCCGGAAAUGAUGCUUUGAAAUCUUCAUGCCCAUCGUGUCGAAGCGUAUUUCAUAUUGCAAUGCCUGAUCUAUCUUUUGUUCCCAAAAAAUACCACGACUUCAUGGCUCCCAGCGUGCGCAAGUUAUACUUAGACAUUACUUCUCCUGCUCCGUUGAUUGCGGAAAUCGAGCAACUCAAAACACGCGUCGCUGCGUUGAGUAGGGAUCGAGAUGCUCUAAUGGAGAGAUGUGAGGCACACAUGGCAGCCUCUCGCCAGUAUGCUGCAAAUGAGAAAGAUGCUCGCUUGGAAGCCCAGGCUGCUCGGGACGCCACCAACCGGCUGCGGAUGAAGUAUGAUGCUUUGGAGGCAGAAUUCCUGGACCAUUCAACCCUGUCCCAAGCAUCUCCCGAUGGCCGAAAACGCAAGGGCAGGGAAAGCGUCGAAAGCUCGCGUCUUUCCUUCCAUGAAGCACAACAUCCUUCCUUUGUCUUCAAGUCAGACGUGAAGCUUGAAGAGCUCCCCGAUGAGAUUGAUUUUGUGCCUUCACGCCUUAAGCGUGCACUUCCAAGGUCAAGUGUGGCUUCAUCCUCGCAGCUCGAACAACCUCACGAUCCGCCUCCGCGGUUUAUAAAGCGUCAGCGGCGCGCAAGACAUUCAGACAUGGGCCCGGGAUCGCACACUCAGAUGCCUGAACCGUGCGAAGGUUGUGAGGCGUGUCACGACCUCUACAGUCACUAAUAUCACCCAGACAGGACGACAUAUAUCCUCUUACUUCUCUGUCCACAGUAGAUGCUGGUGCACAUGUAUUGAUAUCUUUUUUGCAAUUAUAAUAUUUGCUGAUUGGGCUAUCCCACACAUCACACUUA